AUGGUCGUGAGGCGCAUCCGGACACGGAAGCAGUUCCAGACACUGCUGCGGGAGGAGGAGGAGAGCCUGAUUGUCGUGUUCUUCGCGGCUCGAUGGUGUAACAAUUGCUCCAACAUCAAGCCCUUCUUCCGCAUGAGGUCUGAGCAGUACCGGGAUGUCAUCUUCGCGGAGGUGGACGUGGAUGAGUCAGAAGACCUGGCCCGAGCUGCCGGCAUCAGUUGCAUGCCCACCUUCCAGUUCUACAACUGUCAGGAGAGGGUUGCAGAGUUCUCAGGGACCAGGAGAGACAAGUUAGACCACUUGAUAAUGCGACUGAAGUAA